GUUUUCUUCAUCCACGCUCAAGAUAUGAAAGGAGCUCUUCACGUGCUUCGGAACUCGCGGCCCGUACCCGUAGUUAGAAACACGAGAAGUUUGACUGUACGGAGUGAAAGGUACCGAUCAACAUGGUUUAACCCGUUGAGUAAAUUUCAAAAGAAAUUUGAACCAACUUCAACCACCACCGACGUUAUUAUAGAAGAACCUACUAGCAUACAGACCGGUAAUGAGAAGGACCUGCCGAUAUUAAGACAGAGACUACUUAUCAAUGAUCUCAAACAUUACCUCAAAACUGAUAUACCUGGAACUCUUCAACAGAAAAUUCUCUCCGAGAAGCUUUUACAAAUAUGUAAGUCUGAAAUUGACUUUACUGAUAUGCAAACAAUACCUAUGAUUAAUAAAGUGUUCUUGAAGUUGUAUAAAUUGAACGGGAAGAAGGUUCAUGGAGUACUUGAACUAGAUGAUAUUUUAAAUUUGUUUGAGAAAUCAACUCUAACAGUGGGGAGUGGUAACCGAACUAAUGGUAGAUACGUUCCUGAGUACCUUGCAAUUAUUUCUAAACAUCUUUUAUUGCAACAAGAAGUGGUACCUUCUAAGUAUUACGUGUAUGUGGUGGCUUUAGGUAGCUCAGUUGCAAAUACGGGACUUUGUCAUCUGCUUCAACUUCUCUUUAAUAAUAAGGAAUUGAAAUUAUCACCUGAGUUCACUACUAAUUUGAUCAAAUAUCAACAAUAUUAUAAUAAAUUGGACCUUCAAACAUUUGAAGACAUUAUUUCGACAGUAAAGAAAUACAAGAGAUAUGAAAUAAUUGACGAAGGGUUGGUGAAUGAUCUUGUCAAGUAUGUGGAAUCAUUGUAUGAUACUGUCCCAAUUGUACACGAGUACAAGAAUUUAGAUAAGAACAUAAACAGGGUAAGGUCAGUUUUGGAAGAAAUGAUCGACUUGUCAAUUAAAGCCAAUAUUAAUAUUGAAGGGAAAUUAAAUUUAGCUAAAAUUUGUCAUGAAAUAGAAUCAGUAAGUUCUAUUCAAAUGGAGCAGAAUGAGAGAAUUGAUAGUCAAACCAUUUUAAAAUGGAUCAAUGAUCAAACUGAUGAUCAAAACUUAAUUUUCGAACAAGUUCGUAGAACUAUUUUUAAACAAGAUCUUGGAAAUGAAUCUUUGGCAGAAAUGUUAUUGAUCUCUACCAACAAAUUAUUACCACUUGGAAACAUCUUGAUUGAAUACAUUCAAGCAGAUGAUGUCAAAUUUUCUCCUGAACUUCGAUUCCAAGCGUCACUUUUAGGAUUGGAGAGUAAAGGAAGUGAAAGUGAAAUAUAUGACCAAGUUGAGUUUAAAGUGAAAGAGAUUUUAGAUAACCUGGAAGUAGAAAUUGAUCCAUCAUUAUUAUAUACCAAGACAAUUCAAGCAAUUGUAUUAACUGGUAAGGUUGCCCCAAGAGGGUAUUUCACUCAAAAAUUGAUGGAAUUAUUCCGUUCAUACCUGGUUGAUCAACCUCUCUACUCUUUUAAAUAUCGGUUAGACAGGGCAAUCCUUGAUGGGAAUUACAUUCUGGCAGUCAAUAUCUUUGAUGAUAGUUUGGAACUGUUUACACAAUGGCUUUCAGAUUCAGAUCCAAUGAUUAGAAGAUCUUUAAAUAGUUUGAUUGUUUUGUUAUGUUAUAAGAUGGAUAAUAUCGAAGAUAUAUUCCCUAUUUUUACUAAGAUCAAGCAACAAAUGGUAAAUUGUCAAUGUGAUAUCUCAGCUAUCAAUGCAAUGAGUUAUAAAAUGUUACAAACUCAAUUUGUUGGUGAUACUAUUGAGUUUUUAAAAAGAGAACUUCCAGAUAUCAAAAAGGAUGAUACUAUAAAACUUCCUAUAGACGGAGUAGUAGGUCAACAAUAUUUGGAACUUUUUAAAACUUUGCAUACAUUUGUCUUGACAUACACCGGAGAGGAAACAUAUGAAACUAAUUGGGUCUUAUAUGGAGAAAUUCAUAAAUAUUUCCAUGUUCCAUCUGAAUACUAUCUUCCUGCCAUGAAGUUUUUCUGUCAACACGACAGACUUAAUGCUGCUCUUAUAAUCUUUAGACAAAUGAUUAGAUUGAGUGAACUUCAUGGUAAACACAACCAUUUACCACCUCUGAGAGAUAUUUAUGUAUAUCUCUUGCAAGAAUUUGGUAAUAAACUCUACGAAGAAGGAGUGGAAGAAGUUCAUGAACGUCUUAAGAUGGAUUUGAACUUGCCUAAGCAAGACAUUUUACUUCAAAACACAAUUUUGAAUGCUUAUUCAAACUUGCAAGAUAUUUCUCGGGCGAAGGAUGUUUUCCUUGCGAUGUCCACCACCCCUAAGCAGGUUGGAGGCAUAAAUGAGGAUACAAUCCAAAUAAUGAUCAAAACUUACACUUAUAGUGACAUUGUAUACGUGAGAAAAUUCUGGAAUAAUUUAUCACAAUAUGGAAUCAUUCCAAAUUAUGGAAUAUAUAAACAAUAUCUUAUAGCUCAUGUAUAUCAUGGGUUACCAGAAGAUGCCAUACUCCUCACUGAAGAAAUGAAAGAUUACGAUUUGGAGGUAUCUCUGGAUCUCCUCUUGGGAAUGUAUAAUUAUUCUUUAGAAGAGAAAGAUCAACAAAAGAUUUCUGAAUGGGCCGAAAAGAAAUAUCCAGAACAAUGGACCGAGGUGAAGAAUUCAGGCUAUUUAAAAGCUGCUGGAAAAUAUCAACCAGAAACAUCUUUAUUAGUGGAGGGAAAAUAAACUGUAAAUAGUGUACAUUAAAAAUAUAAGAAUAG